AUGAAGCUCACUGAUGCUGUCUUGCUGCUUGGGGCUGCCCUGCUCCUGACUUCAGGGGGAGAUUGUGGCAUUUGCCCAGCUAUAAAAGAGGAUGUUCGUCUAUUUCUUUAUGGGACCCCAGAAGAGUAUGUUGAGUAUGUGAAAAAAUACAAAGAUGACCCUGCCAUAGUGGAAAAUGCUGAAAAACUCAAGCAAUGUGUCGAUAGCACAUUGACAGAGGAAGACAAGGCACACGCAUCCACUUUCAUCGAAAAAAUAGAAGCCAACCCCCUUUGUUGA